UUAAUCUUAUUUGAUUGGUACAAAAGCUCUGGUGUUUGCUUCCAGGACAGGUUUUUAUUUUAUUUUUUCCAGGAGGUGCAGUGGAGACGAGAAGCUGCUACGACAGUCUCGCCUUCAUCAACACUUGUAGCUGCUGUCAGUGAAGGUGUGGACCGUCAGUCCCAUGAGGCAUUGCUGGCAGAGGUUGCUCGGUUGGAGGACGCUUUGGAGGAGGUGAGGCGUGAUGUUGAAGGUCUGUCUGUCUGUCAGGACGGCUGCAGACGACUGGACACAAUCCAGCAGACGAUUUCGGCUCAGGUCCGCGAGGAGGUUCGGGUUCUGGUCUAUGGUAACCAGCUGACGGUGGGGGGGGAUGGGGCCCCCGGCCUCCCAGAGGAGUCGCUCCUCUGGUGGCUGUCUCAGCAUCACGUCAGCGGGGCCGACCUGCAGGAGGCGCUGCUCUCUCUGGAGCUCAGCAUCCUGCAGAACGUCAGCCUGCAGCUGGAGCAGCACCGCGGUGAGGAGACGGUCCGAGAGGCCGUCAUGGACACCGCCGUGACCCAGGAGGACGUCCAGGAGAUGGUGAAGAACGCUCUGCGCCUGUUUUCUCAGGAUCGGACCGGCCUGGCAGACUUCGCUCUGGAGUCUGGAGGGGGCAGCAUCCUGAGCACUCGCUGCUCGGAGACCUACGAGACGAAGGCGGCGCUGCUCAGCCUGUUCGGACUUCCUCUGUGGUAUUUCUCUCAGUCUCCUCGAGUCGUGAUCCAGCCGGACGUCAAGCCAGGAAACUGCUGGGCCUUCAGAGGCUCCACAGGUGUCCUGGUGAUCCGGCUCUCCAUGAGGAUCCUCCCCACCGCCUUCACCAUGGAGCACAUCCCCAGAACACUGGCACCCAGCGGGACUCUGACCAGUGCCCCGAGAGACUUCACCGUCUACGGUCUGGAGGAUGAAGCUGACGUCAGAGGGAAGCUGUUGGGCUCCUUUACCUUUGACCAGGACGGAGAGUCUCUGCAGAGCUACCGGCUCACCGAGGACAACGACGCGGCCUUCCAGAUCAUUGAGGUUCAGGUGUUGUCCAACUGGGGCCACGAGCAGUACACCUGCAUGUACCGCUUCAGAGUGCACGGGACGCCUGAGGACCCCAGAGACAUUCAGUCCGCUUAUCUAAGAGACGGUCGAGUCCUCGCUGCUAACGGUGCCCGAGUCUCCUCCCACUGAGACGCUAACUUCCCUCCAGACUCAAAGAAAGGACACGUGAAGUAUACUUCUGUCCAUAGUUGAUAUUUUUAUAUAUCGGUGUUUCAUCUUUCAGUCCGUUCUUCUUUUAUCGGUGACUGUGGUGCAGUAAACAGGAUGUGAGUAUGAAGUGUCUUCAUUACUCGCAUGUCCACGUGUAUUUAAUCUCUUCCUCUGCUGGUGAAGAGGUGCGUCAUGGGAACUCUUCUGUUUCAGCUGAAGAAGGUUUUGAUCUUUUUCUAAAUAAAAUGUCCUCUUUGUGUUUCCACCUGAGAGGAACAUCAACACAGUUUUAUUUUAGGAGGAGAUGACUUCACACAGUGAACAGAGGAACUAUAGCACCUUAACGUUCUGCCCCACAGUAACCGUGACGUCUCUCAGUGGCUCACCGCUGCACUAUUUAAUGAUAAUGGUGAAAAACAAUUGAAUCUACGAAAUUCUGAGAAGUUUCAAAAAGGGAAGUCGAAGAAAAUGAGAAUAUGAACUCUGCACUUAAGUCUCAGCUGCUGUAGAAUUAUUUACUUUUGUCUGACUGUGAGAUGUGGUGGGACCACAACUUCAUUUUAGACAUGCAUGUAUUUUUGUGCUUUUUCUGUAUGAUUUUAAUAUGGACAUAAUAAAGAUGUAAGAUGACAUGA